GUUCUUUUUUUAGCGUAUUGUGUUCAUCUCAUUAUCUCCCGUCGUGUCGUGGGAAGCUGAGCCCUCAGCUUUACAGUAAGUGAGGGAGAGAUCUUUCAGAGAUGGAUAGCAUUUCCAGUGUUUAUUGACUGCUGAGAGAAAGCUUCAGACGGCAGGGAUAUAGAGAUACAUUAGCAAACCAAAAAAAAGCAGGGUCUUGACGAGAGGAAGAGGAGAGGAAAGCAUCACGCCCCACAGACAGCCAGACUUAUCGAUCGCACCCGACCUGCCACUCUCCCGAACCCACUUCCUGUGUUUUCAGAACCGAACACAACAGCAGGGCAAAACACACAUAAUUGGGUUUUAUAGUCUUAUCAUCAGAGCCUUUUAUAGUCUAAUCAUUUCUACGUGUUACAGGCUGCACAUUACAGCCUGAUGUCUAUCAUAUUAAAGCUCUGCAGAGAGAGAGCUGGAGAGAAGGAACGUGAGGUUUGCUGAUGCGCUGUUUUCCGACGCCUGAUGUCAACAUGAUGUGCAAGUCGAAGCACUUUGCUAAUUUAUUGACAUUUUUCCCCUUUGUAAGACAAGCUCAUCAGUGCUCAGACUUGUGAAGGUUUGAAAGAGAAAUGGAAACUGAUCUGUCUAAAUGACCAGGUUGGCAGAUGUCACGUUGCAAACUCAGGAUGUUCUCAAUUUAGUUAAUUACUUGCACAGGCUCUCGUCAUUAGACACAAAGAAGCCACUUCAUUGUGCUUUCUACCUGUCACGUUUUAAUCUCAUAGCAGCAUAUCUCUACUAAUUUCUAAUCAGUUGCUAUCAGUUAAAUUUGUAAUUAUUUAAAGAAAAAAACAAUAAAAAACAUUAAAAACAUUACAACAGUAUCCAUGAUAUGGGUGUGACGUGUGAUACACAUGAUAUAUGGAUAUUGUGAUGUCAAUGUUAUAUUGUCAUAUUGUUACCAUUGCAGCUGACUUUUCCGAAACCUUUCUGAACAUGUGAUUUAUUUGGUUAGUUUUUUUUCUCCACAGCUCAGUCUAAAGCUUGUAUGCUAUUGUUCAUUGUUCAUCCAAUUAACAGUUUAGUGAAUUACAUUCUUCAGUUAAAAGUAAAUUAGACAAAAGAAAUGUCUUGACGCAGAUUUCAAGAAUGGAAAGAGUCCAUGUGACAUUUGUAAUGAUCAGUCCAUUAUUUCCACCUCAUUGCACUUCAAUGAUGUAGAAAGCGCCCAGUGAUUUGAGGCAGAUGUGAGGGAGUCAGAGAGCCGAUCUUCUCCCCCCCUGAACCGCACACGACAGUCACAACCCCACACUGAGCCAGGCCAUCAGUGUGGAGUAGCAGAGGAGACAGUGCAGCGGGCGUGUGUGGCGGGCAGAGUUUUGGCUGGAGACGCACACACUCAUGCCCCGGUUGUUGGAGCCGGUUGCUGAAGGCUCUUUGAUGGCCCGGCUGCUGCUGCUGGUGUUUCUUCUUUUUCUGGUGGGAUUCAGCUCUAACUUCACUCAUGCGAACGUGCUAGACGCAAUGUUGUUGAGGAAUUCUGGGAAGGUGACGCUGGAUAGCCGAAAGGAGGACAGUAGGAGCUCAGUGCCUGUGGUUCCUGAGAGGACACUGUGGUGCCACUGUUACCACCACUGUCCCGAGGACUCCGUCAACAACACCUGCAGAACUGAUGGCUACUGCUUCACCAUGGUGGAGGAGGAAGAGGGCGGCCCCCCGACGCUCACCUCAGGCUGUUUGGGAUUUGUGGGCUCUGAAUUUCAGUGCAGGGAUACAGGGAACUCUCGUUUGAGGAGGGCACUGGAGUGCUGCACUGACCAGGACUACUGCAACCGAGACCUUCACCCAACCCUGCCUCCAAUUAACACCCCUAACUACGUGGACAACAGCAUCCACCAGAUGGCUCUGUUCAUCUCUGUAGCAGUGUGCAGCAUUAUCCUCAUCUUUAUCAUUGUGUUCUGUUACUUCAGGUACAAGCGUCAGGAGCUGAGGCCCAGGUAUACUAUUGGUCUGGAGCACGACGAGACAUACAUCCCUCCAGGAGAGUCUCUGAAGGACCUGAUUGAGCAGUCGCAGAGUUCAGGCAGUGGCUCAGGACUCCCCCUUCUGGUGCAGCGCACCAUAGCUAAGCAGAUCCAGAUGGUGAAGCAGAUCGGAAAGGGACGCUACGGGGAGGUGUGGAUGGGCCGCUGGAGAGGCGAGAAGGUGGCUGUCAAGGUGUUCUUCACCACUGAGGAGGCCAGCUGGUUCCGAGAGACCGAGAUUUACCAGACUGUCCUCAUGAGGCAUGAGAAUAUACUAGGCUUCAUUGCGGCAGACAUUAAGGGAACAGGUUCAUGGACGCAGCUCUACUUGAUCACGGACUACCACGAGAGCGGCUCUCUCUACGACUACCUCAAAUCCACCACGCUGGAUACACGGGCACUGCUGCGCCUGGCGUACUCGGCCGUCUCAGGGCUCUGCCACCUGCACACUGAGAUCUUCGGCACACAGGGCAAGCCGGCCAUCGCCCACCGCGACCUCAAGAGUAAGAACAUUCUGGUGAAGAAGAAUGGCACGUGCUGCAUCGCCGACCUCGGCUUAGCCGUCAAGUUCAUCAGUGAUACCAAUGAGGUGGACAUUCCUCCUAACACAAGAGUGGGCACCAAGCGCUACAUGCCCCCAGAGGUACUGGACGAAACCCUGAACCGCAACCACUUUCAGUCCUACAUCAUGGCUGACAUGUACAGCUUCGGCCUGAUCCUGUGGGAGAUCGCCAGGAGAUGUGUGUCAGGAGGAAUUGUGGAGGAGUAUCAGUUGCCUUACCAUGACCAGGUACCCACAGACCCGUCCUAUGAGGAUAUGAGAGAAGUGGUGUGUAUAAAGAGACAGCGGCCCUCUUUUGCCAACCGCUGGACCAGCGAUGAGUGCCUGAGGCAGAUGGGCAAGCUGAUGAGCGAAUGCUGGGCACACAACCCAGGCUCCCGCCUCACCGCCCUCAGGGUGAAGAAAACUCUGGCCAAAAUGUCCGAGUCGCAGGACAUUAAACUGUGAGGGACGCUCAGACCGCUCCAACAGACUCAGAGGGAGGUGGUGGAGGUAGAGUCAGCUGUCCCACUCCUCUCCGCUCCAAGUUGAGCGACAGGCCCCCAGCGGCCCCAUUCUGCUUUCUGUGAAAGCUCCCAGCCAGCAGAGCACAGGACAGAGUGCGCCCCCUGCUGGUGCACACCAGAGAGCGCCUCCUCACAUGCUGACACCCAGGAUAGAGGGGGCAGGGAGCAACGGCCAUCACGCCAUCACCUACAGCCUUUUAUUUAAUGUCACGCCUUUCUGCUAUGGUUCUGUUGGCUUUUUUUUUUUUUUUUUUUUUUUUGUUAAUUUAAUGCUGUUUUAUCAUUUUCAAUGAAAGGUAAGAUAUGCUUCAAUGAAAAAGGUUUAAAAAAAAUCUAAGUGCAUAAAAUAAUUUCCUCUAUUCUUGUCCUUCCAUUUCACUGAUGAUAACGAAAGGGGUACGGCAGAGAUCAUAUCACAGUACUUGAAAACGUUUAUAUAAAUGUUUAGAACAUAUAUAUUUGUAUAUAUAUCCUUGCGUUUCAUGUGACGUCACACUGUAUAAUCGCUGCCGUUUUGAGGACAGAACAGGGGACUGCAUCAUUCAGUAUCCAAUACACUUCACUACAUACAAUACUGAUAUCGACUUACCUUCCUUUUUAUAACAAAUUCUAGAGAAACACCCUGCGAUCCUUUACCCUCCAGGACACUCAGAUUCUGUGCUCUUCAAGGUGCCUCAGAAUAGCGAGAGAAAUAUACAGAGUGUCUGAAAAGUCAGGAACCAGUGGGAAUAAGUUGAGCAAAAUCCACAAAAACAUGAUACAGGGCGUAAGGGUGAACACAUGGAGCAUAUGUUGUAAAUAAUAAAUAUAAAAUUAAAUGUAUGUAAUUUUACUCUCAUUGGUUCUUGACUUUUUGGACACCCUGUGUAUCAGGAAAACACAAAUUUGGACAUUUUUCCGCCUGUCUAUUUUAUUGGCUUUGUCAAAGUACUGUUUAUGAUCUUUCAAAGUAUGGUGAGUAAUUUUAGCCUUACCUCUAGUUAUGUUUUCUUACUACAGCCAAGCCAGAAAUUCAGUCCCAAAUAUGGACAGAAAAAUGACAUGACUAAAACGCAAGGAUAUAUAUGUUUGCAAAAAUAUAGUGCUGGAUUUAAAAAACUCUGAGACUGUACACUCAACUACUGUGAGUAACAGUGGAGUUGGUCAGUAUUAUGAAGGUAUGACCAUGUGUGCGCUAGUUCAGUGUAAAUGUAUAUUGUGAUGCAGUUUAUUUUAAUAUUGAUUAUUAUAUUGCCCAGCCCUAUACUUUGAUUGUGAGUAAUUAAAGUAAAGAUGCAGACGAGACCUACUGUAGGCAUUUUUUUUUUUAUCUUUCAGGCCAUUUGUGUUUGCCCUGUACAUAACUGUAACCCAAAAUAUGAAUGUAAAUAGUGAUAUUGAAAUGUAUUGUUAAUUAUGGAUUGAAUAAGUAAAAUGUUUGUUUUCUUGUGUUUCUCUUAAGGACUUUGUUUUGGUUUGUGCCUUAUUUAACAUGUACAUUUAUUAUGUGAAGAUAGAAUGGCAUACUGAUGGAAAGAAGACAGCAACAUUUGUGAAAGUCCAGCAUUGUUUCAGUCUUUAAAUGUUCAGUUAGGGGAUUUUCUCCCGUUCCUGUAGGAAGGCCUGAUGAACUUGCUGGAUGUUUACAGGCAGAGAUGAUCACGUCACCGCCAGAGUGUUCAUCAGAGUGUUCCGGUUUCCUCCAGGGUCAAAAGGAUCAUCAGAUCAGGGGAUAUUCAUCUGCCAUGGCUUGGCAAUCGAUAAACCUGCUUCAUAACAGCCUCAUAACAGCCUCAUGUGCCACUGUGUGAUGGGCAGGAAAUUGUGUGGCCUUUAUACAUAACAGAGGUCUCUCUCUUUUUUUUUUACCAUGACUGAUGAGGUUUUCUGCCACCCGGAAUUCAUUAGGUAAAAGUGCAUACCGUGAUUGGCAAAUAUCUCAAUGCACGAGCUGUAAUACAGGUUAUAGGUUUGCUGUAAAAGUCCACAUCCGUGUGUAUUUGUCCUCUUCCAUCAGUAUGUAUGUAAAUGGAGUGAUUUAACAGCUAUGUAUCAGGUUAACAUUCCCAUUCCCCUUUAAUAAAAGGCUUAAAAGUCCUACAAGCCGUGUCCUUUCCUGUAACUUCAAACGACGAACAAGCUUCCAGAUCAAAGUGCUACAACUCCUGAUGAUCAAAAAUACUGUGUCGUAUUGCUUAAAGGAAAAAAAACCUACUUCAGGCUGCUUAUUUUUUCCCUCAGCAGGACGGCCAAUUAUAAUCAGAGUAAAUAACCACAGCCAGAGCUUGUGAAAUGUGCCACAAAAUAUGCAAUAACAAGAAAGAUUAAAAGCGCUAUUUUGGGCCAAGCAGUGAGCAAGACAAAUGUCGUCCAUGGAUAUUAAAAUAACAGCACAAAGCCCGGAGCUCAGAAAAUGAAAAGUGCCAAUAUUCACAGAACGUGUGAACAGUUGCUUUAUCACCGAGGGGGAAACUUUAUCUGGAAAUACGCAGACUAAUGAAAUGUUUAACAAGGCACAUUUUUGAACGCAGCACUACAUUUUGAAAUGAGUGCUGAAUAUCAAAGGGUGCUGAUGGGUGGUUUGGUGUGUGUGUGUGUGUGUGUGUGUGUGUGUGUGUGUGUGUGUGUGUGUGUAAAAGAGAUAGAGUGAGAAACACUCUAUAGUGUUAACA